AUGCAGGCCACUGCAGUGGUGGAGACAGCAUCUGGUAAAGGCUACCACAGUAAUGGAGGCAACCUCCAAAAAGAUAAACCUUCAAAUCCAAAGAAAGAAAAUUUGUUAUUAUCCUCCAAUGGUUGUGAUAAAGUCAAAUUGACUUUUCCUGAUGAUGACUGGGAUUCUUCAACACUAGAGCAAAGAGCUAAUAAUAAAGAAAUCAACAAUAUUGACAAGAUGGAUUUAUUAGAGCCAGUUUUUUCAGUGAGUCAAGAUACUAACACAGAGAGUACUCAUUUUCAGUCAAGUGAACUUGAAGACAGUACUGACUAUGCUUUCUUGAAUGAAACAUAUUCUAUACAUUACCCAGAGUCAAAACUAAAGAAGGAAAGUCUUAUUCCUUUAAGUUCAGAAUUAGAUCUUGAAGUGCAGAAAAAAGAGGAGGUGUUUUUUGAUAUUUUGGAACAUCAAGAUAAGACUGUUGGCCUGGAAAGAAUCUACAAUAUUUCAGAUGCUAAUUAUAGAGAAAGUGCUGAAGAUACACAAAAGCAUGAUACAGAUGAAGACUCACAGCAGGAAUAUCACAGUGCUGAAGAACAAGAGUACAUAAGUAACCACUUAUCUUUUGACCAAACAAAAACAUUAGGUAUAUCUAAUCCAGAAGUUGUUGAAUUAGGAAAUUUGGGUUAUGAAGUUAAAUGUGCUAGCAAUGUAGAAGAUAAUCGUGUUAACUCGGGAAGUGGUUCUAUCAUCUCUUCAGAUUCAUUUGAUGUUUAUGGACAAGAAGAGUCACUUCAUGUCUCCAAAUUUCAGAAUUCUGUUAUGUUAAGAGAAUAUCAUGACCUAAAGCAAGAAAAGUGUAAGGAAAAAGAGACAAGUUCAGUGUACCACACUGUAUUUGAUGGCAGUGUACUAAGAAGCAAUUCUCCAGGAAACCAGGAAUCUCAAUCUAAGAGUGGUUCCUUGAGCCUUCAAAAAGUAUUAAAAACGAAAAUUUAUACUGAACACAUGAAAUCUCAAAUAAAUGAAAGUAAAGAUUUUUGUGGAAAUAAAAUGGCUGAGAACAAACUAUUACUGCACCUUGAAAAUCCUAGCACAUUACCACAGGAUAACGCUUUAGAGACAUUACCCCAACCCUGCAAAGAUUGUCAAACUUCCUGGACCUCUGUUUUUGAUGAUUCAAUAAUUUCUGCCUGUGGAUAUUCACAUUAUGAAAGCCUACAAAACACCCCUGACUCAGCCUUAGAUUUUUCUGCUAUACUACCGAAGAUUGCAGUGAGAGAUAAUCAGGCAAUAGAAGAUAAUACUUGCCUAAAAGUUGCUCAUAGCAGUACCACAAAGAAAACAUGCUUUCACAAUAUGGAAGGAACAUGUACUAACUCCGUGACAGAUGCAGCAAGUUGUACAGUCACAAUUAAUCAGACAGUGGAUGUUAGCACUGAUUUUAGGGCUUGUUUCACAACCAGCAGGGCAACAAGUGCAAGACCUUCUGUAGUAUCUACAUCAAGCAACACAGACAUAACAAUGAUGAAUAAAAAACGACCUGAUGAAUGGCAAAAUGAGAAACAAAAAAGUGUGGCUUGUAGUACAGAUUGGUCAUACAGUGAAGAUUGUAUAGAUACACAGAUGGCUGUGACAAAAGGAUCAGGAAAAUCUCCCUCAGUUGACAGUUUAAAACCUAAUGGAAAUUUUCUAAAUAAGGAUUUCCUGGAAUUAAGAAAACCAUGUGGUAUCACAGACCUAAAGAAACAUCCUGAGAGGGAAGUUCAACUUUUUAAAGAUACGGAGAAGGAUUUGCCAUCAAUGUGCUGUCAGAAAAUAAUGCAGAGAGCCAUAAAAGCAGAGCUGCACCUUUUAAACGUUCACUAUCAGAUGUGUCGUCGCCAUUGUUGUGAUAUUUACAAACUUGUAAUGGAAAAUAGGGAAGGAUUAAAUAUGAAUUUAUCAAGUAAUUCUGCUAAGAAGGAAGUGGGAUCAGCACUACUGUCCCUUUGGGGGGACUUAAAAGUUAGAUAUGUGACUUUGAAAGAAAAAAUACACAAAGGCAUACCACUGGAAGAGCUGCCCCCACUGUCAGUAGAAUCAAAAUUAUUAUCUACCUUCUCUACUUUUGCUUCCAGGCUAAUGAAAAAAGAAACACCUGUCUUUUCAGAAGCAGAUGCUGAACGAGAUGAUCAGAGGGCUCAAGAUUUUGAUGUUUCUUCAAACCUAAAAAAGACAAUCUCUCAAAUGUCUUUAUCAUCUGACAAUAGUCGUGCUACACAACACAUAUCACCCAAAAAAGAUGACUUUAAAAAUGGUAAUAUAAAUGCAGACUUUCGUCAACUGAAACUUGAUGAUAAAGACUGCAGACCUUACCAAGAGAUGAGUGAAGACUGGUCUGAUGCUAAAGAGAACCUGACAGGAGUUGACAUCUCAGGAACACAAGAAAAUCAAAUAGAACAAGACAGAUGGAAUUUGGAUCUUACACUAGAAACGAAGAAUGUUGAACCCUCACAAAGAGAUAAAGGUUAUUUGAUACAUGUUGGUGGUCUCUGCCCUUCAGUAUCUGAGGCCGAUUUAAGGUCUCAUUUCCAAAAAUACCAAGUUUCUGAAAUUUCAAUUUAUGAUUCUUCUACUAAUUACAGAUAUGCAUCUCUUACUUUUACAAAAAACAGUGAUGCAAAGAUAGCUGUGAAAGAAAUGAAUGGGAUAGAAAUAAAUGGGAAGUCAGUAAAUGUGAGGCCUGUUAAAAUUCUUGAAGAAUAUACAUCACCACUUUCCUCCAAAAAUGGGAAUAGAAUUAGUUCGAAUAAUUUAGAGAAAAGCACCAACAAAGAAAUCUACUCAGCCUUCUCCAUUUCUAGAUUGCCCAGAACUAGACCACGGCAGCUGGGAUCUGAGCAAGACAGUGAGGUUUUCCCUUCCAACCAGGGUGACAAGAAGAAUUGUAAGCAGAUUGAAUCUGCUAAAUUAUUACCUGAUACACCUGUUCAAUUCAUACCUCCAACUACGUUGAACCUUCGUAGCUUUACCAAGAUCAUAAAGAAACUGGCUGAACUGCAUCCAGAAGUCAGCAGAGACCAUAUUAUAAAUGCGCUUCAGGAAGUGAGAAUAAGACAUAAAGGUUUUCUGAAUGGCUUAUCUAUUAAUACUAUCGUGGAGAUGACUUCAUCUCUUCUGAAAAACUCUGCUUCCAGUUAG